UCAGGGCUUCAUCCAAAUCAAGUAGAUUACAUAAAUGCUCAUGCAACUUCAACACCUCUUGGUGAUGCAGCAGAAGCUAACGCCAUAAAAUCAGUAUUCUCUGACCAUGCAACAUCAGGUGCUUUAGCACUGUCCUCGACGAAGGGAGCUACUGGCCACCUACUUGGAGCAGCUGGCUCUGUAGAAGCCAUCUUUAGCGUGCUAGCUAUUUGCCAUGGAAUAGCACCACCAACGCUCAAUCUUCUAAACCCAGAUCCUGUUUUCCAUGAUGGGUAUUUGCCUUUGAGCACUUCCAAGAAGAUGCAAAUAAGAGCUGCACUCUCGAAUUCAUUUGGCUUUGGUGGCACUAAUGCAUCACUGUUGUUUGCUUGCCCACCAACUUAGUCUCGAGAGAUUCUGCCAUUUCUCAAAUUCUUUUUGAGUCACCAAAUAGUACGAGGCGUUCGUUCCAAUGACUUGUAAAAGCAUUACAAACUGUGUCAUGGUGAUGUCAAUUACCUUUCCUGUAAUCUAACCAGUUCAUAUGUUAAAAGUAACGGAAGGAAGCUCUUCGAAUCCUAGACACCCUCUUUCCACGCA